GCGCUGCGGGAACAGCUCAACCUUUUCAAAAACCCUGAAGCCAACUAGAAGGUGGCUGAACCUUUAAAUAAAUAAUUUGCUAAGUAACUGAGAAAAAAAAAGAUUGGCAUUGAUGAAGGGUUCAAAGACAAAACAGGAAAGAAUAUCAGAUCAGUGCUGUGAAAUGGGAGGAAUAUGGGUUCAGUGCUUAAUCUGAGUUCUACAGCUUUGUUGUGUGUAACUAUCCUACUUAUUCUUUUAGCAACAUUAUUUUGGACCAAAAGGAAAGGGGAUGACAGCAUUGUAGAAGAUGAAGAGGAGGAGGCGCAUGGAGAUGUUUUUAGAGGCACUUGGGAGUCCCUGCCUGGGGGUUAUCAGUUGAUUUGUAAGCCGUCAGCUCUUGCCAACUGGCUUCGGAGAGAUAUCCAGCGGUUGUCUUAUCUGGACUCCAAUCACUGUUGGUGGAAGAACUGGCCACAUCUCCAGACAGUUAUUCAACACUUGCUACCAGCUGACAGAAUACUGGAGUUGGCCAGGGACCAUUUGCAGAUGACCGAUGGAGGUAUAGUUGCUUUGGACUGGGUGGUGGGCCCAAGACCAUCUUCCAGACCUAGAAGAAGUACAAACACAGUGGUCAACCCACCUCUUCUCUUGCUAAUUCCUAAUUCAUUUGGGAAGAUGACCAGAAACCUACAGAAACUUUCUCUGCAAGCCCUAGAAGAAGGUUAUUACCCAGUCAUUUUUAACCGGAGAGGCCAAAACGACUGUCCACUGACCAGUCCAAAAUUCCAAGCUUUUGGAGAUCCUGCUGACCUUAAAGAGGCUGUCACCUACAUUCGUUUCAAGCAUCCAUCGUCCUUGCUCUUUGCGGUUAGCGAGGGUCUGGGUUCUGGACUCCUGCUCUCCUAUCUAGGAGAGUGUGGGUCAUCCAGCUAUAUCACAGCCGCUUGCAGUAUAUCGCCAGUGUUCCGCUGCCAGGAAUGGUUUGAGACCGGUCUGACCUGUUUCUACGAAUGGGCUCUGCUACUUUAUCAGAAAGUUAUUCUUAGCAGAUACUCCACCGCUUUAGCAGAGGUUCUUCCAACUGAUAAACUUUUUCGAAGCUCUUCCCUGCAAGAAUUCCAGAAGCUUUUAUUUUGCCCGACCAGCAGCGAGAGCAUAAGCUGGGAGAGCUACUGGGAGCGUAACGACCCCCUCCGUGACGUGGAUGAAGUUGCUGUACCAGUUUUAUGUAUUUGUAGCACCGAUGACCCCAUUCGAGGACUUCCAGAGGCCACUCUUCCCAUUGAGCUCUUCCGGACUAAUCCUUAUUUUUUCCUUUUAUUGACACAUCAUGGAGGACAUUGUGGUUUCCUUACUGGGUCAUUAGAAUCAUGGAGUCACGAAGUUACUUUACACUACUUCAGAUCCAUUACGGAUUUUUUCUGUGUAGAAGAGAAAACAAGGGGACAGUCCAGACGUCAGAGUUCAAACAUGAUUGGCAGGCUGAGAAGAGCAACACUGCAACGACGUGAAAGGCCUCGGCACACAGACCCCGAAGAGAUAUUUAGCUGGAAAAGGUCAUACACUAGAUAGUGAGGUGACGAGGCUUCUUUAUUUAUAAACAGAUUUGGUGAUAUUAACUAGGAUUGUCAAUACAGGCCAAAAGUAUACAACAAU